GGUGUCGUCACUUCCGGCGCGCUGGAUCUCGGCGGGAUGGCGACGCGGCGGGCGGCGCGGCAAGAGCGGGACCCGGACCCCGACCCCGACUGGGCCGGGAUGGCAGCGCUCCCUGAGAAGACCGUGAACGGCUGGGUCCUGCAGUUCUACUUCCAUCGGGCCAUCGACGCCUAUCGCUCCGGGCGCAACCGUGACUUCCGCCAGUUCCGCGACAUUAUGCAGGCGCUGCUGGUGCGGCCCCUGGACAGGGAGCCGGAGAUGGCCCAGAUGCUCCGGAUAAUGCAGCUGCUGUCGCGGGUCGAGGAGGGUGAGAAUCUCGGGAAGCGCCGUGACCCCCCCCCCAAAGUAUGGAUGCCAAUUCUUAUAGAUUGCACCUUCGAAAAGGAGUCAGAGCUGACCCCACUUGAGUCGGCCAUGCUUGUCCUGGACUUCAUCCGUGAGGAGUUCUCUGUGGCGGACAAGACGAUGGAUGCUGUGCAGAAAAUGGUGAAGGAAGCUGCUGUUAUUGUUUGCAUCAGAAACAAGGAGUUUGAUAAAGCUUCUGAUAUCGUCAAGAAGCACAUGGGGAAGGAGCCCAAAAACCAAAAGAAGAGGAACGAGUGGCUGGCUGUCAUCCGGGAGAAGAAUCCCUCUCAUCCAAAGAUCAAAAACUUCUCCUACGAGGACUUCCAGCAGAGCAUCUUUGAGUUCCUGAAAGGCUACGUGGACGACUCGGAGCCAGCGCUGCUGACGUUACUGAAAAGGACUUUGAAUUCGGAACACACCGACAAAGCAAAAUCCUCACUGGAGACUCCCGAGUUUACAGAUGGGCUGAAUGACCACGCAGCAGCUCCAGAGGCCUCCGGAAGGGCAGAAGGUCCAGCCAGAGCUCCAGAGGCCUCUGGAAGGGCAGAAGGCCCAGCCAGAGCUCCAGAGGUCUUGGGAAGUGGGAAGGGCCCAGCCAGAGCUCCAGAGGUCUCGGGAAGGGUGGAGGACCCAGCCAGAGCUCCAGAGCCUGCAGGAGCAGCAGAAGACCUGGAGGGAGCUGCUAGCCCUGCAGAUAGGGCAGCUGGUCCCACAGCAGCUCCAGAGAUUAUGGAAGAAGCCAGUGACCCUGCAGCAACUCUGGAACCUAUGGAAAUAGUUAUUGACCCAGCAGCAACUCCUGAACAUUUAACAGCAGCAUCUGAUCUCCUGAACGGUAUUCCAGAGCCUAUGGAAAUAGCUAAAGAACCAGCAGCAGCAACACCAGAACUCCCAGGAGUGUCCAACAGGGAAUCACAAAGGCAGCCCCCCGGAGCUGUAACCUCGUGUGGGAUUUCUGUUCUGAGAGAAGCUUUCAAGAUCCUGUCGAACUCCGGGGACUCGGACACACUUUUCACCAAACUGGACGAAACAGACUUGCCUUCCCCCAAGCAACUGUCUCCUUCUGUAUCCCACAGAACCAAGAGACGCAGAGAAGCGGAGAAUCAAGAUUCUGAGACCUCACACCCUCCUGAAAUACCCCAAAACAUCAAAAACUUGUUCAGCAUAAGCAAUCUGAUCGUGGAGUUGGACGGCUCGUCCAGCAAGUCGAGUGAGAGCCCCGACUCUUCCCAGGAGCACGUGGUCUCUUCUGCUUCCAAACCUGCUCAGAAAUUGCCUGAUGAGCCCUUGUCUGCCCAGAGUGACAAGUCCUUCCAAGGAAAGUGGAACAGCUCCUGUGGCACGGAGGAGAAGGACAGUUGGAGUGAUGAGGAUGAGCUCUUUGCAAAUGCAGCAUCACUUGAGAAAAACAACAGCGUCACCAGGAACUUCAGCUCCAAGAAACAGAAAUGGACCAUACAAGAGAGCGAGUGGAUCAAGGAAGGGGUGAAGAAGUAUGGAGAAGGGAGGUGGAAAGCCAUUUGCCUGAAGUACCCCUUCCAGAACCGCACAUCGGUGAUGAUCAAGGAUCGCUGGCGGACCAUGAAGAAACUGGGAAUGCUGUGAAGCUGGGACGUUCCAUGCAAAACCCUCCUCGUUUUAUUUUUUGGAAGCUGGACCAGAGUGCCAUCUGUGCCAGUGUGGGAAGCCCCUCUGAUGCCAAAACCAUGACUGACAGGAACCCAGGAGCCUUGUGCUCCAGCUGUAUUUGCAAAGAUCAGUGUGCUGCAGGGGGCAGGGGCUGUGCAGCCUCUCAACAUGCACUUAGAACCACCUGGAUUGAGAUUUCCUUGCCCACUUGACCACUGCAGCCUCUGGAAUGAGUCCCAGCUGUUUGCUCUGCUCAGAUGUGAUCAGCAGGAUGAUCUCAUAGGUGACUGUUUUUUUUGUUUUGGUUGUCUGUUCUCUGAAUCAUUUGUUUCAUCUGUUUGCCAUCACUCUCUUGUGGAAGAGAGGCAGCACUGAGUCCCAGAGCUUCUGCAGGGAAAAGAGCCAGGCAACAGGAUCUACUUGGAAUUUCCCCCCCCCCCCAUUUAUUUCUGCUUUAUAAAUGACUAAUCUGUGAGGGGAAAUUCCUCCCUUUCAGCUCUGAGUCUUUAAAAAUGAAAAUUAUUUUGCAUUUCGGUACUUGGAACUGCUUGUUGUUUCCACGUGAAAAGUUCCAGUUCUGUCUGACUUUGGUCAUGUUCUCCUUGCACUUUUCCUGGUAAUAUCCUUGCUGUGUGUGAGCUCCAAGGGUGCCAUGUGUUCCUGCCUUCAAGUGCCAAAGCUGGAACAGUCAUUUGUAAAAUAAAAUUCCUUUCUUGUUUAGUAUCAA